GUACAAAAUUUUUAAAAUUGCGGCUUAGAUUAAUUUUGGGCAUGCAUUUUUGAUUUUUUUUUUUGCUACAUGUGUGAAAUCUCUGCUGUCGAAGUGAAAAAAAAGUUCUUGAUGACAGCAAAUCAUGUUUACAUCAGAACUGCUGAAAAUCAAGUUCAGCUGUUUCGAUUUAGCGGCACACAUACGUGAACAGAAGCAAAGUUUUAUUUUUUUUGAAAGAAAAAAUUAAUAAAUUAAUUUAUUUUUUAAUGUAUGCUUGUAUAUGUAUGUAUAUUAAACCGUAUGUGUGCAAAUCUGCGUGUGUAUGUGUGCGUGUUAUCAAUGAUUGAACUUGGAACCAGUGGCGCAUAUCACUUGAGUUCGACUUAAGGAAACCGGCAGACGUAAUUACUUUGCACACAGUCUCUUGCGAUCACUGCUCGUGAAAGUAUCUAUCUUAAAUUUAACGCAUUAAUAGACACAUUUUAUAAAUAAAUAACUGUGCCAGUUAACGCAUCCACCAACAAAACGCAAUGAAAUUAAAGAUAGCGUUAAUUGCAUUAUUAAGUGUGGCCACAAGUAGUGCGCUUAGUUUGGAAGGAUUCAAAUGUAGGGAUCACACCGUAAUGACUGGCGAUCCUGUGGCGCCAAGACGUACGGUACGUAUCUGUGGUGUGCAGGAUUAUGAUGCGCCGCCAAGCUUUUUGGAUUUUCCAAAGAUAUUUGAAAUUGAGCAGAAAGCGCGGAAUAAUGACGCCACCAAUUCAUAUAACAACAACGCAUUUUGGCCUAAUCGUGGUUAUCUAAGGUCACCUAGGCCAUCGUACGCGCGCUGGCCAUUGGCUCCGCAGCAAACGGACAAUAACGAAAGCGAGGAGUUACUUUCAACACUUAGCAAAAUUUUAGCAGCAGCGCCGGCCACACAUGGAGCAACCACAGGUUACCCUACGAAUUCCCGUCAUCUAAUGGAAGCGGAGCGCUUGCUGCAAGAGAAGCUGCGCUCGAUUACCGAAGAUACAAGUGAGAUAAAGAGUUCGGUGAAUGAAGUCGUCACUAACAUUAAGAAUAUGCUCGAUACUUUGCUAAUACAAAACGCCAAUCAGCAGAAGGAUAUAAAUGUUAAUGUAAAUUUGAAGUUGGAGCCCAGCCUCGAAGCGUUAUUAAGAGACUUCAUGGCUCUAAUAAAAAACGAGGUGAAUAGCGAAGACAAUAAAGAGCCAACCUCAACUGAGCGCAUUGAAGACAGCAGUGAUGACAACUCGGAGGAUAAUGCUAGCUUUUACUCAACAGCAUAUACGAACGAAAAAAGUUCGGAGGAGCAAGUAACCGAAGCACAAGUUGACAGUGCAGAACAUUCGACCGAAAAAGAUGCCACAGAGGAAUAUGAAGGAAAUAGUUCAGUUGAAGAUUUUGAUAAAUGGAUGCGUGAACAUUUCGGUCCGAUUGUAAAGACGUCGACGUACGACGAAGAUACAGACAACAGCGAGCAGGAAAAUUCUGUAGAGAGAUCGGAAGAAAGUUUUGAAUCCUGGUUCAAUGCUGUUUAUCGGAAACAAACAACUGAAACACCAACGGAUUACAGUAGUUUAGAUCAACGAACGCAUAAUUCUGCACAAAGUCAGGAGAAUGUUCAAAAAGAAAGUGUCGAAAAUACGCAAGAGAAUAAUAACCAAUAUUUAGAUGUUACUUUUGAUUCUAAGUUUGACGAUAUAAUAAAGUCUUCCGAGGAAAAUACGGUAAGCUUAGAAACUACAGAGAGCAAUGAAGAAACCGGCAGUUAUAAUUAUGAUUAUAUAUUUGUGCCAACAACAAUGCAUUCACUGGAACCAAGCGAAAUAGUUGAAGAAGUGGUAAAUGGCGAUAGAUAUAACUAUGCAACGGAAAUGGAAGAAAAAAUUAAAAUGCAACAAAAAUUCCACUGCAAUCAAACGGCUUAUUUCUCUAACCUUAACGGUUCAGGGCUUCUAAGAGAGAGACUUAUUAAAUGUCUUACAGCAUAUAAAAACACCAUAAUAAUUGAUGAUCCAUUAUUUAGGCAUAGUGACGGAGAUACGAAAGAAACCGAAGAAACUGAUACAGUCGUGAUUGAUUCCAAUGAAUCGGAGAGUAGUGAGGAAACUCCAUCACCCAUAAUUGUAUCGAACGAAUCG